AUGAAGGCAGAGGAGGAAGAGCGGUUAAAGGUGGAGGUGUCGUGGUCGAGUGGAUCCGUCGACGGACUGUUGAUCAGGAGGGGGAAUCAGAAGGCAGAGAAGGAGGUGGAAGAUGAGAAGGCAGAGACCGUCUAGGAGGAGGAGAUGAAGGCAGCUAGGGAGGAGGUGAGGGCAGAGAAGAAUGAAGAGGAGGAGGAGAUGAAGGCGGAUGGUGACGAACCAAAUCGAGUAGUUCCUAGAUUUCAACACGAGUUGGCAGAGACUCUUGCCUUCAGUGAGUAUGUCUAUCUGAAUGACAUUCAGACAAACCAGAUUAACGAGUUUGUCCAAUAUCUCCAAAAGAAAGGCGCAGAGCUGACGACUGAUGAGGAGGAAAUCAUACAGGAGAAGGAAGCAAAAUUUAAUGAAGCGGAGGAUGAGAUAACGGCAGAGGAGGAGCUAAAGACAGAGGAGAAGGGGCUGAUGUUAGACGAGGAGGGGAUAAAGGUAGAGGAGGAGGAGGAGGAGGAGAUGAAUGACAUUCACACAAACCAGAUUAACGCGUUUGUCCUGUAUCUCCAAGAGAAAGUUGCAGAGCUGACGACUGAUGAGGAGGAAAUCAUACUGGAGAAGGAAGCAAAUAAAGCGGUAGAACGGGAGGAGGAGCUGAAAGCAAAGGAGGAGGAGUUGAAGGCAGAGGAGGAGGAGGAGGAGGAGGAUGAUGAUGAGUUGAAGGCAGAGGAGGAGGUGAAGAAUGACAUCCAGCCCAACCAGAUUAACGCGUUUGUCCUGUAUCUCGAAGAGAAAGUUGCAGAGCUGACGACUGAUGAGGAGGAAAUCAUACAGAAGAAGGAAGCAAAGGAAGCGGUAGAAUGGGAGGAGGAAUUGAAGGUAAAGGAAGAGGGGCUAAAGGUCGAGGAGGAGAAGGAGGUGAAAGUAGAGGAGGAGGAGAUGGCGGCAGAGCAGGAGGAGAUGAAAUCAGAGGAGGAGGAAAUGAAGGCAGAGGAGGAGGAGGAGAUGGCGGCAGAGCAGGAGGAGAUGAAAUCAGAGGAGGAUUUGAAGGCAGAGGAGAAGAUGAAGGCAGAGGAGGCGGAGAUGAUAAAGGCUGAGGAGGAGAAGAUAAAGGCAGAAGAGGAGGAGACGAAGGCGGUGGAGGAGCAGGCAAUCACUUUGGUUGCGGAGGCUAAGGUUACAGAGGAAGACAGAGAGCUAGAGGGCGAGAAGGUAGUGAAGCUGUCAGAAAUAACGGAGGAGUUAAGAGAGUUUGCUGAAACCUUGUGGAACGAAACGCCGAUGGAGAAGAUGAAGAAGGGGCACAUACAGAAGGAUGAAAAGAUCAUUAACGAAAUGAAAGAGGUAUUGGAGGGAAUACGAGAGGCCAAAGACUUCAAAGAGGAGAGGAAGAUCAAUAUAAAGAAUGAAGAUAGGAAGAAGGAGAGUGAUCAAGAUAACAAAGAUCAGGCUGUUGUAACUGGAAGAAGACAGAAAUGGUGGCAACUUUUAUGCUGUUUUGGUUGGAGGAGGCGCAGCAGGCGUUCUUAA